ACUUGCGUAUAAUUUGGAAUGUUGGUACUCGCAGAGAAAGGCCUUGAAGAACCAUAAAAUGUGAAUGGAAUCACGGCGGAUGCAAGACGGAAAAUCAUGGUAUCGCAAUCUUGCUUUUGCGAGCAGGUGGUGACAGAUCGGAUGACGCGUCAACAAAGAUGAUGAGCAGGAGUGGUGUGCCUGGGCGCCUGAUCAACUCUCCAGGCAGUCGGCCUUGAUUUCCUGAUCAGGUAAUGUCCAUGCAUGCAUUGCGUGUCUGCCAUCGACUCCCUUAUCUCAGAUAAAGGCACAUCUUUCCAGCCAGAUGUGCUGCAUUGAUCAAUACAGUCCACUCUUCUCACAGAUUAAAAAAUGCAUCGGUCGUGCAUUCUCGCCUUGAUCUCCGCCAUAGGAGCUGCCACCUCUCCUCUUGCCGCUGACAGCGUUCCCCCCGAACCUGUCCAGAAUGCGAACCACAUCUUCAACGCCAUCCACUCGUCCAUGAGACAAUGGGGCUCGGCACUCAACCACAACGGCAUGUCAUUUUUCCUGGCAGAAAUGCCACAGGGAAUCAAGCUCUACCACGGUGACGGCCAUCCAGAGCACAUCACCGGAGUCCGAUGGCUGGCCUUCGACCCCGAGCAUGCAUUUGCCUUCGCGCGAUCAGGACCGAAGCGACCCGAGACACCUCCGAAACUGUCAUCUGGCUCCCAGCAAGUGAUGGGCGGAGACCAAGAUGGACCAGCCGGGGAAGACAAUGGCGGAUGGCUCCACACCUACACUACGGCCAAGAAUCUUCGCCUCAUUCUUAUCGAUGGAAUGUCAGCUGGCAAAUCCAAGAUUGGGACUCUCGACCUGCAGGACCGGGUGCUGUUUGCAGAUGAGAUCAACGGUGGCGUCUUGCAGGAGAAUGCGCGUGCAGAGGCCGUGUGUCGAAUUGCAAGGGAAGAGUGGCAUGAUCGGGUGGAUGGGGUUAUUCGGCUGGCUUCGGGGUUCGAGGUGAUUCUCUGCAACUCAGAACAGAACCUGGAGCCUGUUCAUGUGGCGAGAGUGAGGUCUUCUAGUCCGAGGAAAGGGGACAAUGAGAAGAAGGGAGGGAAACCGACCGAGGUCCUCCAAGUGAUGAGGACCAGGUACAAUGGCAUCGGCGGUGAGCGGGUGGUCUUGAACUACGAUCAUUUCGUUACGGCUUACAACCAUUCCCUGAAUCUUUUUCCGGACGACAGCACCGUCCCACGUCUUAACCACCUUCCAUUUGCAGAGUUGAAACCCAUCCGCAAGAGCCUCACAUCCCUCGUAAUGGCGCAUGAUGUCGGACACAGACAGGUAGCCUGGCAAGCGAUCACUGAUAUGAUUGUCCAGAAGUACAGCCACCCGCUGCGUGAGCUGGCUUCAAGACACCACCACCACCAUCACGGCUUGUUCUCUCUGGUUGCAGAGGUUGCACGCAUUUGGAAUACAUUCGUCGAUCAGGACAACAGAGAUGUUGACGAAGAAAUGGAGAGAUGCGCAACUCAGUUCAUCCCUACCAAUGCUGCUGAUGACUCGCUUGCUUAUCGUGCGGUUUAUGCUGUUAGCAGUCGAAUCUGCGCUUCGUUGGUCGAAGUCCUGGAGGCGAAAGAAUAUGAUUUCGCGGUUGAUGUCUUGCAAUCACUGAUGGACUAUUUGAGCUGGGCAGUGUGGAAGGAGUGCCACGGCUGCCAUGACGAUGAGUUUUGUCAAAUCCCGAUCUGGCCUCAGGGAUCGUGGGACGACUUUGAGCACCCGCGUUGUCGGAAAUUUGAAUCAGCGUACCAGGGUCCCAAUGAUUUCUGGGGACCCGUGUGGAGAUGAGAGGACUUGCUUACAUUUGAAAAUCGAGUAUAGGUGCAGUUGGCUGAACGUGCCACCAAGCUGCAAUUUAUGUUGGACAUUUGACGCAUUUACUGUGGUUUUAACCCAUUUAUGAUUGACUUUAUAACUCAAAUUAAGUAUAAUGUCAAACGUGGGAUGAAGCAUCGUCUAAAUGAACAACCCCUCCAAUCAUGCAUGCACGUCCGGCAGUCCCGUAACAUAGAACAACACAGCCUCGGGCCCCUUCAUAAAAUACUUCCCCUCUCCCAUCCCACCCCACUCUCUCCACA